AUGCGGAGAUGGUGGACUGGAUCGGAGCCCAUACUAGAAACGGACACGAGGAUGGAGGCCUGGCGUAAAAGAGCCCGGAAAUUUUUGGAAUCUACGUCGUUCGGGAAGACACUGGCAACUCUCAUCUUUCUGAACUGCUGUAGUCUAGGUUGGCAAGUCGACUGGGGAGUCCAGAAUUACUCUGCACAGGAGCCAGUUGUUUUCGACGUGCUGGGUGCUUCCUUCACGCUGCUCUUCUUGGUCGAGUUUGGGAUUAGGGUCUUUGCAUGGGGGCGGGCUAUGUAUGUGUGGCAAAAUCCGGACAUUGGUUGGAACACAUUUGACGGCUUGUUGGUGCUCAGCUCGAUCGUGGAUGAGAUCAUGAGCCGGGCUGCCUCUGGCGUCAACGUUACGGCCCUGCGUGUUCUCAGACUCGCGCGACUGCUCCGCAUUCUACGAGUGUUUCGGGUUGUCCGCUACUUCACCGACUUGCGAGUUAUGGUGCAAGGCAUCCUAAUGUCAGCCAAGACGCUGGUGUGGGCGCUGGCACUCCUCCUCAUGUUGAUGUUUGCGGUUGCAGCAUGCAUCCUGCAGCUGCUGCGACCGUACCUGUCGUCCUUAGAAUCGGCCACAGAAAUCCAAGAGCUCCAACUACACUUCGGAUCGAUGCCCAGCGGCAUCUUCACGCUGUUCUCUUCCAUGUCUGGCGGUGUCGAUUGGGCGGACGUUGCCAGGAUGCUAAACAACGUAAGCACUCUUCUGGCAUUGCUCUUCGUCGUUUACAUGGCGUUUGCACUUUUCUGCGUUCUCAACGUGAUGACUGGAGUUUUUGUGGAAAAUGCUAGCCGGAUGACCGCCGCUGAUGAGGAGAUGUGCAUGAUGGAAGAACUCAGAGCUCGAAAGGAGUAUGUGGACACCGUCAGUCGCCUCUUUCAAGAAUGCGACAAGGACAACUCCGGCAACGUGAACUGGGAGGACAAGAGCGACAGUCGUCCACCUGUGCGAGUAUUCGCGGUGCCAUGCUAUCAAACAGCCCCAAGAGCCGCCCGGAGUGCUGCAUUGUACACUGACCCGAAGAUGAACGUGCUACAGAAGUUUGUGCGCAAAGUGGCUGAGAAGGCUGAGCCCGCUGUGCUGCAGGAGCACACUCCACAAAUCUCACUGUUCGAAGCCGACAGUUUUGGCGACGAGGAGCCUAGCCGGGAACAGCACUCUGAGCUAGACUCUGGGUCUGACCUCUCACCGGUGAUGCUUGCAAGCCGCCGCGGUUCCGCAAGCAGUACUCGGCGGUCUUCUGCCGCUUAUGGUGGCUAUGGCCAUGGGGGUUACAGCCGGCGGACUUCGGCUGCUGUUAGCAGCCGGCGGACCUCUGCCGCGGCGGACAGCCGGAGGACAUCAGCCUAUUCGACCUCCAGCUACAUGGGAAAGCACCAUUCUGAAGAGAGUGCCUCCUUACCGAAGGCCGUGUUGCAAACGACCUUUGAGUCAAUUGCUGAGCGACAGACGAGCCAUGACAGCAGGAGGAACAGUUUCAGGCCAGCUUCGGCUUCGGCGGUGCUACAGAGGACUCCUGAGCGCAAGCCUGAGCGUGAGGUGGGAGUGGGGCAGGUCAACCAAAGGGUGGGCCGGCUAGUUGAGGAGGCACAGAAGCAGCGGAAGCAGCAGAUCAAGCAGGCACUGAGUCUGGACCAGCAGGUCGCGCACUGGAUGGCCGAGCGAGAAGCGGCGGUCCAGAAGCAGGAAGCCGUCUCGCACUCCCGCAUCUCGUGGAGAGCAGAGCAUGAGGCCUUGGAGGCCAAGCGGAAGCAGCUUCAGUUCUUCGACAUGAAGGGUGUCAAGGAUAAUUUCAUGAAUCGUUGCGGCCACUCGCUGCGGAAGCUCUUCGUGGACUUUGACUUGGCCCACAACUCGGGACACCCGGAGCAGAGCCACGAGGCCCGAUGCAAGCACCUGGACGGUAUCUAUGACUGGUACGAGCGGCACGCGGCCCUGAAGGGCCGCGACUCGGGGCCGAACGUAGAAGAAAAAGAUCCCAAAGCAGAGUUGAGGAGCGCCUCCGCCUCUUGGAUUUUCGUGAAGCACGGGGAGGCACCGCCCCCAGGCUCACUCAGGCGGCCAAGGAGCGCGGUGGCCACGUUUGCAGGCUCCGGAGCGCCCCGUGGCUAUUUUGCAGUUUCCUUUUGCCUCGCGGCUUCCAAAGGAAGGAUAGCGAUCGACACGGAAGCCGACCUCAGAAACGUCUUCGACAUGCUGGACUUUCAGAACAACGGAAGCGUGUCUGUUGAGGAGUUUGCCAUCGGCAUUCAAAUGUUCAGCGGGGGCGCAAAAAGCAUUGACGUGGCGAGGCUGAUGUUCGAAGUGGCCACGGUCAAGAAGUACAUGGCCAACGUCCACAUAGCCUUAGUCGGGCCGGUCGACGAGGAUGAUUACCCGGAGUUUCCAGGUGCACAAACCAGGCCCUCGCAGGUGAACGAGGACAUGCAGCUGGAAGAAAUCACAGGUGAGAACUUGGAGGGGGACGAAGCACAGAAGUCGACGGAGGAUGGUCAAGGCAUGAAAGGUGUCCUCCCGGAUCCCGCACAGCCUCCUAUGAAAGCGUGGUUGGACUGA